AUGGUCAUCAUUACAAAGAAAUUGAAGACCUUUGAGGUCGUUUUCCAUGAUCCUACUAAGGCUUUCUACUGCAGUGGCGACAAGGUAGCCGGGAGUAUUGUGGUUGAGGUGUCGGAGGUGACCAAGGUGUCGGCUAUGAGAGUGUUUGGAAUUGGAUGCGCAAAAGUAGAGUACGCGAAAGGAAAGCACAGAUGCCGUGAAGACAUUGAAUAUCUGAAAUACGAAGAUACCGUUUAUCUGGAACACCAGCCUAGAGGUAAUAUUACAAACUAAAAUAUAAAGAAAAAGGCAUUUACUUAUGUCUCGAAUGUGAAUAUAGCUAUUCACUGCAGUCGGCAGGCUACACCCGGGGUCAUUCAGGGUUUACGCACUGCCACUAGUUGGCUACUGCAGUCUGCGAGUACAGUACACUGCGCAAAGAUGGAGCAUGAGAAAUUGUGCUUUAUAGACAAGCUAUAUGUUUUAUUUUCAUACGUCUAUAUUUAUGAAUGAUCAAAUGCGCCAGAGGGGAUUUCUAUUGGCCCAUAAGCACUAGAAGUGGACCAAGGGUGUCCUGUGGUCUGCAGUGGAUUGCACAAAUAGACCCAAAUAUAUUUACCUAAGAGAGAUUGUCUAAGUUCAUAGUUUAAUGAAUGGACCAUAAUGUCUUUCUCUCAUCGUCAGACUCCAAUGGCUCUGUCACUCUCAGACCAGGGAACAGAUAUGAGUACAUGUUUGGCUUCGAGCUGCCACAUCCUGGGUAAGCAUCAAGGACUGUAAAAACCUUGUUGUUGUUUGUUAUCUAUAAAGGCAAAGCAUUAUGUAAUAAUGACAGCAUCCCACAAUUAAAAUUCCACCUGCUUUUGUCACAGGCAACUGGUGUCUUCCUACAAAGGGAAGUUUGGCUGUGUCCAGUAUUAUGUCAGGGCCGUGAUGGAGAGGCCUUCCCAGCCUGCCUUGCAGUGCGAGAAACCCUUUGAGGUGGAGGAGCCCUUGGACGUCAACACCCCUGACCUCCUGGUACAUAACAGCUCAUUCACAUCAUCAUAAUUAUCACCACAAGGAAUAUAUGCCACUUGAUAGUGAUUACAUUAUACACCUUGCUACUUGACAUUGAUUGUAUUAUACACCUUGUUCUCUUGAAUGAGCCAUGUAAUGAUGAUGCUUGGCUUAAUAAUGUUAAUAACUUUGCCAUAACUAGCUAUACAUGAGAGAUUUUAAGGCCUGGGUGGAUGGUGUUAGGCUUGAUGGUUGACUUGCAAUCAACAUGCUUGGUGAUUUAUGCUUAACUCAUGCUAAUGUUUCUCAUUGUUUCUCAUCCAGGCUCCAGCUGCAGGUACGAAGGAGAAGAAGCUCACCUGCAUGUUCAUCCCAGAUGGACAUGUGUCCAUUAGCGCCAAGAUCGACCGCAAGGGCUUCUGCGAGGGCGAGUACAUCUGCAUCAAUGCCAAGUUUGAAAACACCUGCUCACGCAUCGUGGUGCCCAAGGCAGCCAUCAUGGUCAAGCACACCUACCAGGCCAAUGGCAGGACCAAGGUCCUGGGGGAGAAGCUCUCAGUCGUGAGGGGCAACCAUAUCAUCUCGGGCAUGUGUGACAUGUGGCAGGGAAAGACCAUCCGAGUGCCCAGGCUCAAGCCCUCACUCCUGGGGUGCGACAUCAUUCACGUGGACUAUGCCCUCAGGGUGAGUCAUAAACUUGAGACAACUUGUUGCUUGAUAUAGGCUAAUACCAUAAACCUCACAUUGAAAAUGAUUGAAAGGACUUGUGACCUAGGAAUGACAUCUAUCUAUCUAUCUAUCUAUCUAUCUAUCUAUCUAUCUAUCUAUCUAUCUAUCUAUCUAUCUAUCAGAUCUAUGUCCACAUUCCCGGCAGUGACAAGGUGGUCCUAGAGUUGCCCCUGGUCAUCGGGACCAUCCCCUUCAAUGGCUUUGGCAGCCGCACCAACAGCAUGAGCAGCCAGGCAGAGUCCCUUAACACCCCCUCCAGUAGUUUUGCAUCCCUGCGCCUCCCGUCACAACCACCCAGCUACAGCAACAUCUCCCGCGACUGCCGUAUCGACUCCCCCCUCACACCGCUGCUGGUCGACUACGACGCAGAUGAUGAAGGACUGUUCAUGCGCGCCCCCGAGCUUUGGUACCCUCCUCCCCCUGCCUACUCUGAGGUAAGGAGAUGGAGAAUAGAAGAUUGACAUUUAACAGAUAUAGUCACUUACUAGUGAAAAGUUAAGUAGAUAGCACUGAAUUGGCACCGUUGCAAAUGUGGUCUAAUUAUUUUAUUUCCAACUGUUUCUCUCUUUCUUUCCAACUUUCUUUCAGGUCGACGAGGAUCUCAAACAGCAAGGGCCAUGUUCUUCAGGUCUGCUGAACCACGAGUAAGAGUUGCAGUUAACCCCUGUUGUAGUCUAAGCACUAGUGCAGGGUUCUUCAAUUCUGGUCCUGGAGGGCCGAAACACCUCUGUUUUUCAUCCUCUCCUUCUAAUCAGGGGCUAAUUCAGACCUGGGACACCAGGUGAGUGCAAUUAACUACCAGGUAGAAAUAAAAAACAGAAGUGUUUCGGCCCUCCAGGACCGGAAUUGAAGAACCCUGCACUAGUGAGAUCAAGGAACGGACUGGUGACUGGUUAAAGAGCAGCACAGCUGUGAAGCAGAGAGAGUGGGGGACCCUAGCCCUGAAGACUCUUUCAAGGAACAGAACUGAGAUGUGGACUUGAGAGUCAAGUUGAAGUGAAAAUAUUCAGGCUGAAUGAGUAUGGCUUGUAGAUGUUGGUGUCCACGUUCACUAUCACAAUUGCAGUCUUCAGAAACUGAUCGUUCUAUGUCUGUCUGUAACCCUCUAGUCAUUCCAUGGUAGUUCUGUACUUCAAUGUGUUUCAGCAUUUUGACAGUUGCCAUAUUCUCUCAGAGGAAUGAAACAAUGUUAGAAUUCACAUCCAUACAUUGUGUGCACAGCUAUCAUUUUAGGUCAGACAGAUACGAUGCAGUGACCAUGCAAAAGUAAUGAAGGGAUAGGAAGUGUUUCAAUUUGUAUAUUCUAUUGCACUUUAUAUGAAUAUAAAUGGCUCUGUAAUUAGAUAAUGAAAAAUUACAUAUUUUUGUAUUCAUAGUAGUCCCAGAUCAUACUAGGUAAUUUUACAAUAAUGUUAACUCAAUGGUUUAUGGUAGAAGAGAGAGACAUUUCAUGGUAAAGACCAAGCUUGUCGAAUGGGAAUGACUAAAUGGGAGAUCUACAUUAUGUUUUGAAUUUGGGUAUGUGAAAAUGCGAGAAGUAUUUUAUAUAAGGAGACCCUAUGGGUUGGUUUUCUAUGCAAAGAAAAAAUAAAUAUGACAUUCUGAAUUGUUUGUUUGCCUCUCUUGUAUUUGCUUAUUUUCAAGGACUGAAAAAUAUACAUCUCCAAAGAUUCUAGAUUUGACCUUAGGUAAAUGAACAGUUUGGAAUGUGUUCUGGUUCUAUUCUCUUCCAGCAAGGUCGUCAAUGCAUUUGACCAGUAAGUAAGCCUUGUCCAUGCCAGAAUGGCAGGAGCCUAUCUCCUGUUUCUGUAGCAUGAGGCAGCUUGAUGUACAAGUACAUCUCUCGGACAGGACACUAGUCUGUUGCAGGGCCUUACCCCAAAUCCAUCUCCUUAAUGCUGAGUGCCAAUCAGGGAAGCAUUAGGUCCCAUAUUUGGCGUCUUUGGUAUGACUCCAUAUGGGAUCAAACCCACACCCUUCCAAUAUCAGGGUGGACACUCUAACCACAAUGCCACUGCAUUUGACCAAUGGCCCUUCAUAAAUUACCUCUCAGCGGAGGGGCUGCAUAUUGACACUGUCAUUGAAACAAUGGGAAGUGUAGAGCAACUCUUUAGUAAUUAAGUCACUUAUUCAUCCAUACUAACAGUAACUCAUGGGAAAUUAUAUAAUUAUCCAGCUGACAGCAGGGAAUCUGAUGAAACAAACAUACCUGCUGUAAAUGACCUUUUAGGUUAGGUUAGGUGAACCACAGUUCAUCAGCAGAAUGAAAUGUUGAAGAGAUGUUAUUGUUGUUGUUCACUGACCAUGAAUUAUAACUCAUGACCAAAUUACAGACUUAGGUACCAAAUAAAUGUCAUAAAUUCAAACUGCUCAGAUGUUGUUCACAUAGAAAACAAACACGCCUUUAUACUAUUGGCUACAUAGAAAAACAUUCAAAUGAUAGAACACUUUUUAUUGCCAUGAAGUUGUUUACACAGUUGAGGAACAAUAUUGUUUUUCUGUAAAUAUCAAAGAGCAAGAGGAUAUAAAUUAGGCUUAUUCAAAUAACCCAGAAUAUCCUAGGGAAGUAUAAGUACACUACAUUACCAAAAGUAUGUGGACACCUACUCGUCAAACAUCUCAUUCCAAAAUCAUGGGUAAUGCAAUAUGGAGUUGAUCCCCCAUUUGCUGCUAUAAUGAUCCCGAUGAACAGUUCUUGCUUCCAGAGGCAGUUUGGAACUUGGAAGUGAGUGUUGCAACCAAGGACAAAUGAUUUUUACGCGCUACGCGCUUCAGCACUCAGCAGUCCUGUUCUGUGAGCUUGUGUGGCCUACCACUUCGCGGCUGAGCCGUUGUUGCUCCUAGACGUUUCCACUUCACAAUAACAGCACUUACAGUUGACCAGGGCAGCUCUAGCAGGGCAGAAAUUUGACAAACUGGCUUAUUGGAAAGGUGACAUCCUAUGACGGUGCCACAUUGAAAGCCACUGAACUCUUCAGUAAGGCCAUUCUACUGCCAAUGUUUGUCUAUGGAGAUUGCAUGGCAGUGUGCUUGAUUUUAUACACCUGUCAGCAAUGGGUGUGGAUGAAAUAGCCGAAUCCACUCAUUUGAAGGGGUGUCCACAUACUUUUGUAUAUAUAAUGUUUGAAAAUAAAGAUCUCAAGAAGAACUAGGGGAAAGGUUGAUCAGCAGAUAUGUACAGUAUAUAAAGGAGAGUGAUGGAAAUGAACAGAUAGGCUGACCAAAAUAACCCAGUGCAUCAAUCUGUCUCUCUCUCUCUCUCUCUCUCUCUCUCACUCUCUCUCUCUCUCACGCACACACACACACACCUGUUGCCAUGGCUGACAUGUUUUUAUUUACAGUUUCUGAUUAGCUGGAAAAAAUGUGGGACCAACCCUAUGUGAGUUGACUUCAUGUGGCACAGAAGAUCCAGUGGUACUCUUAGGGAUUAGCUAGGUUGUGGAUGGCAUUGAGGUGACACACACCCUAACUGGGCAGGACAAACGUGACAACCAGACAGGCUGUGUACACUAUAAGCCAGGGUUAUGACAAGCAGGGAAAACAUAUGGAUACUUAUGGGUAAUCUGGAAACAAUACUCAGUAGGCCUAACAUAAGAUAACAUAUAGUUUAUUAGUCCACACGAGAUGGACAUCUGUCUUCUGAUUUUAUCCAUCCCCACCCCCGAUAUACACACACACACACACAGACACACAGAAACACACAUCAGGUUGGAGAGGCUGGAGCAGAGGACAGCCGCAGUGCAGUUCCCAAUGAGCAGGUUAGGGGGUUAAGUUCCUUGCUAAAGAGAAUAUCAGCAGUAGGUUGCCGGCUCACUCCCCCCCUCCCAUCAAGGCUUUCGCUGCUCCCAUUACAUACAGGAUUGUAAAGUGGCAUUCAUGUAGGACUCUAUAUGCAUGCGUUAGCCUGAAGAGCAGAGGGCUGGGGUGGUGGUUAAUGACAACCACACCAAGUUGGGUAGCCGGCAACAAGCCACCAGAAACCCUAUGCUGUUGUUUACUCACUUCUACAGCUGUUCGCAAAGAGCAAUCCCUCUCAAAAAAGCAUCUGUGUCUCUCUCUCUCUCUCUCUCUCUCUCUCUCUCUCCCUCUCUCCCUCCCAGCUGUCUGUUGAGGGCCCACCAACUCAAUGUUAUCCCACAGGAUCUUGCCAAGUAGGUCGUUGUCACGACACCCCAUCUACCCCUGGAGCAUGGCUGAUGCCAACCUAAACCUUACCCAACUAGGAAUCUCAAGGCAUGAUUUGGCACCAGCCGCCUUUUCACCAAACAUAGAACUACAUUAUUUUUUGGAAACCUGUAUGCAUCAAAACUAUUAUAUUACACACAGCGAGACACACAUAAAUACCAAAAAAUAACCCAACACUUCAUAUCCCUAGAACUGUUAGUAAGAGUUGCAGUGUAAUGACACACUUCUCACAUCAACGAGUACAUCCCACUGUGAUAAUGUCACGAUCGUCGAAAGGAUUGGACCAAUGCGCAGCGUGGAAUGCGAACAUACUUUAUUAAUUAUUCACCACACGACCAAAACGAUACGUGAAGUCCUUGGUAACAAAACACAAACCAUACACGGAACAAGAUCCCACAAUACACUGUGGCAAACAGGCUGCCUAAGUAUGGUUCCCAAUCAGAGACAACAAGCAACAGCUGAUUCUCGUUGCCUCUGAUUGAGAACCACCCCGGCCAACAUAGAUACACAUGAACUAGAUCCUACAUAGAAACACAAACACAUAGAAUCUACACACCCUGGCUCAACAUAUAAGAGUCCCAGAGCCAGGGCGUGACAGAUAAAAUUAUAAGCUGACACCUCUCGAUAUAUAGCACAAGCACAGAAGAUCAAACUGAGUUGGGGUCUAAUAAUAUCAUGCUAAACAUUUGGUCCCAUGGUGAAAAAGUCCUCUGGGGUCCAUUGGACAGUGUGUUUCAACCAUAUGUGUUUAUAUAACCAGCUAAGCUUUGAACAGCGCCCUAACUUGCCUCGAGAUUGUGACUGAGGUCUCCCGGCUCGUCCAUGUUGCCCAUUUGAACCACUGCUCAAUCAUAGCUGUACUGUGCAGCACAAUGAAAAUCAGUUGCUCUGAGAAAGACAGUUUGUUGAAACGCUUUAAUUUGUGUGCUAUUAAUCUCACAUAUAUCUUGUAUCAAUUGUCCUUCAGUAUUGUUGCAGUCUAUAUGGCCGAUAAACAACCUUCCAUCCAUUUUCUAUUUUAAGUGGGUUUGACUUGAAUUUUAAGUGGGUUUGACUUAUUCACUCACACUCCACACUUAGCAUCAGCCCUAUAUGAUUGAAAGGUUUUGGCUUGUUACAGAUAUAGGACAGUGUGCAUGCACUCUAUCGUACCUCUAUUUCAGCUACCCUGAAAGCAAAUCCGGCAGCAAAGGAAAUGAAGAAAAGAAAGAGAUGGUCAACAAACUAAAUAUAGGCUAACUGCUGCAACUACGUCCAAAGGUUAAACUUCAAGAAAAGCAACGACUUUUCAAAGGCCAACCAUUUCAUUCAGCUUCCCUUUGAGAGAGCUGGGUUGAUUUUGCUUUGACCUGACUUUCUGUUCGUACAAUGGCCCUCCCCACUCACCCAUGACAUCUCCUUUCUGUGAUCAUGAGCCAUCAUCACUACCCUGUCGGCCAAUACGUGUCAGUCACGUAGUGUAUGAUUGGUGGACAUCUAACUUACAUUAAUUCAGUGUGUGAUGAUGAUGACAUGCCAUGUGUAUUAGAGGUCAGGGCUUUUACAGUUUUUUAAAAAUCGCUUUGGUACUAUUUUCACAAGUACAGUGCAUUCGGAAAGUAUUCAGACCCCUUGACUUUUUCCACAUUUUGUUACGUUACAGCAUUAUUCUAAAAUUGAUUAAAUAAAACAUUUUCCUCAUCAAUCUACACACAAUACCACAUAAUGACAAAAAUAAAAAAGGGUUUUAGAAAUGUUUGCAAAUUUAUUUAAAAAACAAAACAGAAAUACCUUAUUUACAUAAGUAUUCAGACCCUUUGCUAUGAGACUCGAAAUUGAGCUCAGGUGCAUCCUGUUUCCAUUGAUCAUCCUUGAGAUGUUUCUACAAUUUGAUUGGAGUCCACCUGUGGUAAAUUCAAUUGCUUGGACAUGAUUUGGAAAGCCACACACCUGUCUAUAUAAGGUCCCACAGUUGACAGUGCAUGUCAGAGCAAAAUCCAAGCCAUGAGGUCGAAGGAAUUGUCCGUAGAACUUCGAGACAGGAUUGUGGAGGCACAGAUCUGGGGAAUGGUACCAAAAAAUGUCUGCAGCAUGAAGGUCCCCAGGAACACAAUGGCCUCCAUCAUUAUUAAUUGGAAGAAGUUUGGAAACACCAAGACUCUCCCUAGAGCUGGCCGCCCAGCCAAACUGAGCAAUUGGGAGAGAAGGGCCUUGGUCAAGGAGGUGACCAAGAACCCGAUGGUCACUCUGACAGAGCUCCAGAGUUCGUCUGUGGAGAUGGGAGAACCUUCCAGGAGGACAACCAUCUCUGCAGCACUCCACCAAUCAGGCCUUUAUGGUAGAGUGGCCAGAUGGAAGCCACUCCUCAGUAAAAGGCACAUGACAGCCCACUUGGUGUUUGCCAAAGGCACCUAAAGGACUAUCAUACCAUGAGAAACAAGAUUCUCUGGUCUGAUGAAAACAAGAUUGAACUCUUUGGCCUGAAUGCCAAGUGUCACAUCAUGAGGAAACCUGGCACCAUCCCUACCGUGAAGCAUGGUGGUGGCAGCAUCAUGCUGUGGGGAUGUUUUUUAGCGGCAGGGACUGGGAGACUAGUCAGGAUCAUGGCAAAGAUUAACAGAGCAAAGUACAGAGAGAUCCUUGAUGAAAACCUGCUCCAGAGCGCUCAGGACCUCAGACUGGGGCGAAGGUUCACCUUUCAACAGGACAACGACCCUAAGCACACAGCCAAGACAACGCAGGAGUGGCUUUGGGACAAGUCUCUGAAUGUCCUUGAGUGGCCCAGCCAGAGCCCAGACUUGAACCCGAUCGAACAUCUCUGGAGAGACCUGAAAAUAGCUGUGCAGCGACGCUCCCCAUCUAACCCGACAGAGCUUGAGAGGAUCUGCAGGGAGAAAUUCCCCAAAUACAGGUGUGCCAAGUUUGUAGGGUCAUACCCAAGAAGACUUGAGGCUGUAAUCGCUGCCAAAGGUGCUUCAACAAAGCACAGAGUAAAGGGUCUGAAUACUUAUGUAAAUGUGAUGUUUCAGUUUUUAUUUUUAAUACAUUUGCAAAAAUGUCUAAAAACCUGUUUUUGCUUUGACGUUGUGGGGUAUUGUGUGUAGAUUGAUGAGGGGGGAAAAAACAAUUAAAUCAAUUUUAGAAUAAGGCUGUAACGUAACAAAAUGUGGAAAAAGUCAAUGGGUCUGAAUACUUUCCGAAUGCACUGUAUGUGGUAACAUUUCACAACUCUUAGUACAAAACUCAAAACAGAUCAUCAAAAAGGCUGUUAUUUCUCAACUUUAAGCACAUUUUCAAUUGACUUAGUACAACAUACAAAACCAUACAGUAACUUUUUCACCAAACCUAAUCAGUGUUUCAUCUAGAAAUACCUUUCAUAUAAUUGUCUUUCACAAUGCAAUGCUCACAAUACUUGUCAUAUGAUUCUGUUCUCAUUUGUUUAAAUACAUUUGACCAUCACUUAAUCCAAUGCGCUUAAUGGUUAAUCACUUAAACGUUUGAUAAACCUAUAGAUUUUAAACUGGUUUGUCUACUAUACAGUGAGGGAAAAAAGUAUUUGAUCCCAUGCUGAUUUUGUACGUUUGCCCACUAACAAAGAAAUGAUCAGUCUAUAAUUUUAAUGGUAGGUUUAUUUGAACAGUGAGAGACAGAAUAACAACAAAACAAUCCAGAAAAAAGCUUGUCAAAAAUGUUAUAAAUUGAUUUGCAUUUUAAUGAGGGAAAUAAGUAUUUGACCCCCUCUCAAUCAGAAAGAUUUCUGGCUUCCAGGUGUCUUUUAUUUAGGUAACGAGCUGAGAUUAGGAGCACACUAAAGGGAGUGCUCCUAAUCUCAGUUUGUUACCUGUAUAAAAGACACCUGUCCACAGAAGCAAUCAAUCAAUCAGAUUCUCUCCACCAUGGCCAAGACCAAAGAGCUCUCCAAGGAUGUCAGGGACAAGAUUGUAGACCUACACAAGGCUGGAAUGGGCUACAAGACCAUCGCCAAGCAGCUUGGUGAGAAGGUGACAACAGUUGGUGCGAUUAUUCGCAAAUGGAAGAAACACAAAAUAACUGUCAAUCUCCCUUGGCCUGGGGCUCCAUGCAAGAUCUUACCUCGUGGAGUUGCAAUGAUCAUGAAAACCGUUAAGUCUGCAGGAUAUGCACUAUGCUUUACCAUUAUUUACAGUAAAUUACAUAUUGUAAUGCAUGUGAAUUCACAAAACAUGUUAGAGUGUUGUUACAGUAUGAUCUAGUGACAGAAUACUCUGUUCUACCUUCAGAAUUGACAGAAGACCCCAUGGUGGUGGUCGUGUGCUGA